CUAUCUUGACCGAUAGUUUCAGGGUUUUACUGCUGAUUGCCAAUACCGUACUGUACUGGAGAUGCCAAGAUGGCUGCAAGCAAUUAUUUCGGGUUCACACAUGGUGCCGGUCCGCAAUACAGUGCCCAGCCUCCCCCGGCCUAUUCCCAUCCUUCUACAGCCAGUUACAGUGUCCAGCAGGCUCCAGCUGUGGCUCAUGCAGUGACUGCGUCCUAUUCUCCAGCUCCAGUCCAGGCAGCCAGGCCUGUGGUCACUGCCCCUUACCCCACCUAUCAGAGCCACCAGGCUCCCCCUGACUACGCAUACAGGCAGCCAGACCCCCCGGCACCCCCACAGCCCACCACCACCCCUCAAACGUACCAGGUAUACCCGGAAACGCAGGACAACUACAGCUACGGGCGUCCUGCAGCUGUGACUACCUAUGACAAUAAACAGUACUACCAGACGAGUAUAGCUCCGGCUCAGAGGACACACACAGAGAAUUACUACCAGACUGGAGUAAAGAGCGCUUACAGUCCAGCCCCCUCCACAGUGUACAGCCAGCCUCCUCCCCCCCAGCGUCAGGUAACGGCCCUCAAGCCUCUGGCCCCCUCUGUGUCCACCAGCUACAACAUCUACCCAGUGUCCACCAGUGUCCAGCAGCCGCCCACACCCAUUUCAUCCUACACCCUCGGCUCCUCCUUCGGCUCCACUGUUGCGGCCACCACCUACUCAGGCAUUAGCUACUCCAGUUAUGACUCAACUGGCUAUACCUCCACAGCCACCCCCUCCUAUUACCAGCCUGCCCAGCAGACUCUCACCCAGCCGCAGCCUCCACCUCAGCAGCUGCAACAGCCCCUGCCCCCCAUCCAGCCGCCACCGAAGCAGCUGACGAGCUCUUCCUGGAGCAACUCAGGCAGCAACAUGGUGACGGCUCCGACUGUAAACUCCUACAAAAAGCCCACAUUUCACCAGAGCAAGCUGCAGAAGCCCAAAGGGCCUCCCAAGCAGCCCCAGCUCCAUUAUUGUGACAUUUGCAAGAUCAGCUGUGCAGGCCCUCAGACGUACCGGGAGCACCUAGAAGGCCAGAAGCAUAAGAAAAAGGAGGCAGCCCUAAAAUCUGGGGGGCAGACUGGGGCCAGCAACGGGCCCAGGGGGGUCCAGACUCAGUUACGCUGUGAGCUAUGUGACGUCUCCUGCACCGGAGUGGAUGCCUACGCCGCACAUAUCCGUGGGGCCAAACACCAGAAGGUGGUGAAACUUCACACCAAGUUGGGCAAACCUAUACCUUCCACUGAGCCAGUGUUGGUGAAUUCAGCUCCAGUUAUCACGACAUCGACAGCUGGGAAACCUCCAGUCUCUACAUCCACUUCUGCUUCCGUCUCAACCUCUUCAACUUCGACUGUGACACCCAAACAGGCGGCUGUAAACGUCACUGCCAAAACGGCACCAGUCAAGAAACCAGCGCCUUCCAAAAUAACUGUUGUUUCCAAUAAGCCCAUCAGAGCUCCAGCAGCUGCAGUGACGCCUGUGGUGGCGCCGGCGGUAGUGGCAGCUGCUGCCAAGGUGGAUGAGUCCAUGGAACUUGGGAGAAUGGACCCUCAGAGUGACGAUGAGGACUGUGACAGAGCUGGAGGCCAGGGAGACAUCCAGCCAGUAGGACACGACUAUGUCGAGGAGGUCCGUAACGAUGACGGAAAAGUGAUUAGAUUCCACUGUAAACUGUGCGAGUGCAGUUUCAACGACCCUAAUGCUAAAGACAUGCACCUGAAAGGCAGAAGGCACAGACUCCAGUACAAGAAGAAAGUUAACCCAGAGCUUCCUGUGGAGAUCAAGCCUAGUAACCGGGCCAGGAAGCUGCAGGAGAGCAAGCUGAAGAAGCAGAAGCAGAAGGCGGUGCUGAAGAGACAGAGAGACGAUGAGCAGCGCUGGCACAUGGAGAUGAGGUCAGACUUGUGGCCCAAACGAUAUGAGGAGGACAUGUACUGGAGGAGGAUGGAGGAGGAGCAGAUGUACUGGGGGGAACAGAGACGCAGGAUGGCUCCUCCACCCCUGAUGAGCCGCCCUGGUAUGCCAGUACCUCCUCUACUGACGUGUGUGCGUCGGCCAGACUCUCCUGAUGACCGUCACAUCAUGGCUAAACACUCGACUAUUUACCCAGUAGAGGAAGAGCUGCAGGCUGUUCAGAGGAUUGUUUCCCAUUCUGAGAGAGCCCUUAGACUGGUGUCAGACUCCCUGCUGGAGAAGGAGACACCAGCUGUUGAUACCGCUGCUAUUGAAGGAGAAGAUGAAAAAGGUGCUGAGAACUCAGGACGGCUGCUAAAAGGUGUGAUGAGGGUGGGUAUCCUGGCCAAAGGCCUGCUGCUUCGUGGAGACAGAAAUGUUGAGCUCAUCCUGCUGACUGCUAAGAAACCCACCAUCACUUUACUGAAGAAUAUCGCCAAGAAUUUGCCCAAAGAACUAGAGACAUUUUCUGAAGAUCAGUAUGAGGUGCAGGCUCACCCCGAGGAGGCGAACAUCGUGAUAUUUUCAAGCAAGGAGCCCAAAAUGCAGGUGACGAUUUCUCUCACCUCGCCGCUGAUGAGGGAGGACCCUGCUACUGAGAAGGACAAGCAGGCAGCAGGAAAUGCGGCUGAGAAAGGUGUGGCUGAAAAGGACCCGACUGAUCUUCUCAACAAGAGGAAAUGUCUGGAGUACCUGGCUGCUCUCCGGCACGCCAAAUGGUUUCAGGCUCGUGCCAACGGGCUGCAGUCCUGUGUGAUCAUCAUUCGGUUGCUGAGAGAUUUAUGUCAGCGGGUUCCCACAUGGGGAAAGAUGCCCGGCUGGGCGAUGGAGCUGUUGGUGGAGAAAGUGAUCAGCAGUGCUCCAGGCCCGCUGAGCCCAGGAGAGGCCAUGCGCAGAGUCCUGGAGAGCAUCUCCACAGGCAUCCUGCUCCCAGAUGGACCAGGUUUGAUGGACCCGUGUGAGAAAAACACUACAGAUUCUUUGGAAAGCAUGAUGCUUCAAGCCAGAGAGGACAUAACUGCCAGCGCACAGCAUGCUCUGCGGCUGCUCGCUUUCCGUCAGAUCCACAAGGUUCUGGGUAUGGACUCGCUGCCGGCAUCAAAGGCCAGCGCUCGCAACCGCAAACGUCGGCGGGACGGCAGCGACACGGGCGACGGGGACGGGGACGGGGAGGGGGAGGGGAAAAAAGACAAGAAGGAAGAAGCAGAGAGUGCUUGACCUCUGCCUCCAGAGCAGAGGCGUGUGCUAGUUUAGAGACUAGUAGAAUGUCAAAACUUUCAACUUUUCUUAUCUUGAAAAUAAUCUUAACACGCAGCUACACACACAUGAAUAUAACUGACUGUACAUGUGACAUGUCUACCCUUGAUUUAAGAGGAGUAAUGUGUGGGGAGGAGACUGAAGCUUGAGAAUCUGUACUACAAAUCCUUCUCGUAUAGUAAUUUCCUGCAGGUUUGGUGUCUUUUAAAGUGUGCAGAGAAAUGUGGCACAGUAAAAAAUCACAUAAGUGACUAUAAUUGCACACUAACUACUGACCCUCCCUCCUGUUUAUUCACAAUAGUUAAACCACUACAGUUAAAUCAUCAGCACCUUAAGCUGUAUUUUCAGCAGACUCUGAACUCAACUGCUUGAGUCCGGACUCUCUGAACUAAUGUCGGUGCAUGACAUUUGUAAAACGUUUUUUUCAGUCUGUGUUGAACAAAAAACAAAGAUGGGGGUUCCAGUUUAGAAGCUUUGAAACUGUGGGAAAGGUCCCAGAAGACGGACUGUGUUUUAGAUCUACAUAAAUACAGUACUGUGAUGUUCGUUGUGCCUAAGAUGACACGGUAAUACAAUAGUGUGACGCUGUUGAGCUCACCUCUAAAGUCGAGUUGAAAGGCUUACACUAAAAUCACUUCGCCUUGAAAACAUGUACAGAAACGUACAAGGACUCAGAAGUUCAGCUUUUUGUGUUUUUUCUGUGGAGGUCACACUGGAGAGCAAAUCUGAGGAGAGAAGUCUUAUGUUGCACAGUCUGUAGCAUGCUGAGGGAAUGAAGCACUUAAGAAAUGACAAUGUUACUGAAUGCAGCCAUAAUCUUAUCAUUUGAAUAAUAUGCCUAGUAAUCUUUUUUCUUCCAGAGUACGGUUAGCAGAAGAGAAAAGCUUUAUUCCAAGAAAUAAGACUGAAUAUCUACUGUAAUGAUCAAGUAGUCCUUUGACUUUCUUCCUUGUGCCUGCAUUAUGUUGUGUAUUACAGAGAAAGGGGGACAUGUAUGAGUUGUUUGUUUUGUCAGAUUGAUAUUGAUAAAAUGUCACAAAGAUGUGGGACGAGGAAGGGGCAGUUGUACAGCUCUUUGGCUUAAAAGUUGAUGCGAGAGCAUUAAUGUGCCGUUUUUAGUUUGAUUUUCAUCUAUCAAGAGCAUCAUAUAAGUAUUGCUUAUUUUAUUUCUGAAGGAAAAUCUAUUUUGUGUUGUUUAAACGGAAAGGGUGAACAUUGCUGUCCUUUUUUCUUCUUUUAAUGUCUUUGUAGUGUUGCCUAAACAUUAAGGGGAGAUAUUAAAACCCUUUUAAGCCA